AUGGCAUGGAGCGGCACUCACGAAAAGAACAAUGGGGUCGACACAGUCGAAGCCGACCCCGUUGACCACGUUGAAUACGAUAGCGGUGUGGUCAACCAACAGCCAGUCCCCUGCUACGAUGCUGCAGAGACACAGAAGGUCCUCCGCAAGAUUGACUGGAGGCUCCUCCCAAUACUGGCCCUGCUUUAUCUCCUUGCCUUCCUGGAUAGGGGGAACCUGGGGAAUGCAAAAGUGGCUGGAAUGGCAACCGAUCUGAACCUCACAGGGACCCAGUAUAACUUGGCGGCAACCAUGUUCUUCAUCCCUUAUGCCGUCUUCGAAAUUCCGAGCAACAUUGUGCUUAAGCUGCUUCGACCCUCCAUUUGGAUGACAUGCUUAGUGGUCUCUUGGGGCACGGUUGUUGUCUGCACUGGAAUCGUCCAAAACUACCACGGGCUGCUCGUUUGCCGCAUCCUCCUAGGAGUCACCGAGGCUGGUUUCUUCCCUGCGGCCACCUUUCUGGUCUCUGAAUGGUACUGCCGAUUCGAGGUCCAGACACGUAUGUCCGUGUUCUUCUCGGCGGCCUCGAUGGCUGGAGCCUUUUCUGGUCUGUUGGCAUUCGGUAUCCAGCAGAUGGACGGCGUUGCCGACCUUGCCGGCUGGCGGUGGAUCUUCAUCCUUGAAGGCAUUGUGACAGUGUUGAUGGGGUUCACAAUACCUUGGGUUCUGCCGGACUCACCCGAGCGUGCCCGUUGGUUGACCCCCGAAGAGAAGAGAUUCGUUCGAUAUCGUCUCGAACGCGACUCAGGCACCGAGAAGGGCCGAGUCGACACCAUGGACCAUUUCCACACCAAAUACCUGGUGGCCGCUCUCACAGAUUGGAAGAUUUGGUUUACCGUCUUUGUAUACUGGGGCAACACAAUCCCCGUGUACGCAUUCACCUUCACAGCGCCCACCAUCAUCAAAGACCUGGGAUACACUUCGGCUCAGGCUCAACUUCUCACCAUCCCGGUCUACUUUGCUGGGCUCGUUUCCACAAUCGGGUUCUCCUGGCUCGCUGACCGGCGUCGUUCUCGGUGGCCAUUUGUGGUGGUUCCAUAUGCGAUAUCUAUGGUUGGCUUCCUCGCACUGCUGGUCAUCCCUCACCCCAAAUUGCCUGGCUUGACAUACGCCUUCUUGUUCCCCAUUACAAUCGGCGUCUAUCCUGCAGUCAUCACGCUGGUGUCAUGGGUGGCCAAUAAUCUAGCACCCACUUCAAAGCGUGCUUGUGGUCUCGCUGUCAGUAUCAUGAUGGGAAAUUUUGGCGGUGCCAUUGGUUCCAACAUCUACCUCGUCCAAGAAGCCCCUCGUUAUUGGACCGGCUAUGGUGUGUCGACCGCGUGCUGCGUGCUUGCAAUUGCAUCAACCUUUGUCCUGAGGUGGGCCUACAAACGUGAGAACACGAAGAGAGACCAGAUAUCCGAGGAGGAGGUCAGGUCAAUGUAUACCGAAGAGAUGUUGUUGGAUAUGGGAGAUAAGUCGCCUCUGUACAGAUACGUGUACUGA